AAUUUUUAUUGUACUUGUAUUUUUUAAGAUUUGGACCUAUAAUCCUUUUUAUAUUUAUUUUAUAUCAAAUAAAUAUUCUUUUCGUGCCAUGUUCGUUCUUAUACUCAAUAGGGUCUCGAAAAUAUUAGGCCCGAUAUGGCCCAUUUACAUACCGUGUCGUGCCUGUGCUCAUGCUCGUGCCCGUGAAGUUUAGACCCGGCACGGCACAUAAAUUUUUCGUAUCGGCCCGGCCCAUAUAUUACGUGUCCGUGCUUGUGUCGUGCUAGUAUGUGGACGGCCCGGUCCAUUGCCCAUGAACCGUUGUCACUGAAAUUGGAUGUAAAAAAACGCAAAAAGGUCAAAUUGAGUUGUAAUAUGGCUCCUAUCAUAGUUAGUAAAUACUCCUAUGAGUCUAUGGCUCUUUCCUCUUAUUUUUUACAAUCGUCUUGCAACUUAUUUCUAUCUACAGGGAUGAUGGACUUCAUUACCACCACCUUACUUGGAUAAUUGUUGCUUGUAAAUUUACUAAGGUUGAGCAUAAAGUUGUUGGUGUUGGAACAGUUGAACUCGUCUAACAUAAGUUCUUGUCGACUGAUGUAUGCCUUCCUCAUUCACUUCCUUGUAUUAUGUGUUGCAUAUAUGGUAAUCUAGGUGACACAUGUCUCAAAUAUAAUUUGAGUUUUUCAUUUUUUUUCACAGUUCUUAUAGUGUGUGAGAGACUGAGAGUGUUCUCUAAUCUAGCAAACUAACAAAAAUCAAAUAGAAAUGCGACUCUGUUAGACGUCAUAUAAUAACGUAACUCUCAGAGACUCAGUCAUUCAUUAAAAGUGUCCCCUCACAAACCAACGAUUUGUUUCGCCUCCACGUGGGUUCUUCCUUGGUACUUUCAAAAACUCCCCUUGGCGGAAUUUUCACUGUGGAUCCCUCCAACGCUCAAGUUAGUAACUAAAAAUAUCAGGGAGAGAUUUUUUUUCCCGUACCAGCGUGGCAACUGGAUGAGAGCAUCGUGAUCUCAAAUUGCAGGUUUAGGUGUCGUGGCUUUGAAGCGCCCUAGCAUAGUUGUGGCAACUGGAUGAGAGCAUCGUGAUCUCAAAUUGCAAGUUUAGGUGUCGUGGCUUUGAAGCGCCCUAGCAUAGUUGUUGUGAGUUGUGACCUUGAAGUGCCUGCCGGUUGAUCGUGUUUGAUAAGUAUUUUUAUCCAAUUUUGAAGUGAUGAAAGCAAGGUUAUAUUGAUAAAACACCCCUACGCGCCAACAACAACGAACUAUCACUUUGUUCGUGAUCGAGUUGAGGAGAAUUUUAUCUCGAUUCAACAUGUCUCCUCCGCUCAACUCGUUGAUUUGCUCACCGGCAAAACAUGCCGCCGGUUCCAACUUACUCAACGUUGGAAGUUUCCUCUGAAGGAGCCGCCACGAAGCCAGUCUCUAGCUUUCAACUUUCCAAGUCUUUUGUUUUCUGUGUCUUUUCUUGUCAAAGAGGUCAGCCGCGUUUGGAGCAAACAGAUACCAACACAAGUCCAAGGUCCUGCACUGUGAGCUUGGGGAGCAAGUAACUUCAGCGAUAUAUAAAAACCAACUCACCAUAGCCUAUACAUUCGCCAAGCCAGUUUCAACAUAUAAUAACUAGCAAUCAAGAGAGAUCGAUAUUCAUACGAAUUACGACGUCAGAAGUCUGAAUUCGCAGCAGUAGUCCUACAAGUGAUGAGUCCAAAUUCAUCAACAAUCCUGGGUUCUUCUAGCUUAAAACUUGGAAGCAGUACCAUGGGGAAGGGGAAGGGAGGGAUGAGGUGGAAGUGGCCCAAGGCUGCAGCAGCCAUUCUACGGAAGUUGUUGCUAUGGGCCAAGAAACCUGCUGCAGUAGCUGGGGAUGCCGAAGUAGUAGAGGAAGUUUACAAGUACUCGAGCAAGGCAACCACCGGCCGAGCAUUCAGGCCAGAGGCAGAAAUGGUGGCAGCAGCUAAACAUUUCUCCUCUGCCCAUAAAAUUCGGUUUGGCGGUUGAUAAAACCUACUUAGUGCAGUAUCAGUUAUUAUAUGGAAUGGAAGUGUUAAGCUUGUUAGUGUACAUACAAGACACCUAGUUCAUUUCAUAAGCAAAUCAAGAAAGUCAGAUCGAUCUAUUCCCAAUACUCUGCUUCCCAACAUGUGUUUCAGCAGUACAUGUUUAAACGUUAUCAAUCAUGAAGUGUUCACCUUGCUUGUGGAGCAAGUAAACCAUCAAACAUUGUUCUUCUUCUUGCAGUAUAAACAUGAUGAGCAAGCGCGGUAAACUGUUAUUCUAUGAUGAUGGUCAGCAAUCGGAUUGCCUUACCAGUCGUAAGUGAAUAGCAAAUGUAACCUUGUUCAUCUAUGAUGAUGAUCAGCACUAAUAGUGAGUCGAGAACCACAAAUGCAAAAGCUAGAAACAAACUGGGGAUAGUAACCCCAGUAUCCUGAGAAAUGCAUGCACAACAUGACUCGGCCAUGAGUGACCUGAUGUUGUAAGGAUGAAGGGGAGCAUUAAAAUUUCUAACCAGAAGAGCAAUAUGCGUGAAACCUAGAUGGCACCUUUGAAAGACAACUCUUGUUCUGCAAGAAAGGGGAAACCCCAACAAUCCAGCCUGACAUAGGAUGCCAAAAGGGGUCCAAAACUAAAAACAACUAAUUGCAAUUCGCAAGAAACUAAAAGCAUGAAA